AUGUCCGAGUCGCUGCCCAAAGCGCUGCGCGAUCUCGCGAAACCAGCGCUCUGGAUACCGGCAAGCGUUGGGAACGCGGUAGAGGAAGUCGGCUAUGUGGCCAGAGCAAACGACUUGACGGAGAAGGAGUUCAUGAUGCUCGAAAAGACAAUGAGGCUACCGGCUCGCCUGGUACAGAGCUAUCCAACUUUCUCGAAUCCGCUCGUUCCAUUCCCCGUGGAGGAGCAAGCCUGCGCAGGGGCUGUGCAUCUCGAGCGCGAUCUCCGAGCGAUCGGUGAAAGGAUUGCAAAGCUACGUAUUCAGUAUACGACGGAGAAACAUCACAUGCCGCCUCUCCCCGUAGUCCAUACCUACUGGAAGACAUGCCGCAGUAUCCGCGACUGUUCGACAUGCAUGUACCACCGUAUCGAGGACCGUCAAGGUACCAUCGACCAGCUACUGCAAGCCAUGGGAGAUGCGGCGACUGGCGUGUUCCGGCACAUGCCAGACUGCAAAGAACGUGAUGCGGUUGGCGACUUCGGACGCAUUAAUACUUCAGGCACCGACCCUCUUCCUCGGCUGGCCAGUCAACGCAGCGAAUUCCAGAAAGUCACCUGGCUUGUUGAGGUUUUGGAGGACUGGGUGAAGAACUUGGAGAAGAAGCUCCGCAGGACUUGGAAGCGUAACGAUGAUCUGGAGGCCGAACGCGUCGAGGCUGAGGAGACAGGUCGACGAGAGGGAAUCGCCGCAGACAAUGAAGCACAUACGCGGCGGAACGACAUGGCCAGAGCCAAAAGAGGAGCAGAAGCCAAGAUAGCUUACACCUCCCAGUCGUCGGAAGAUAGUCACGGAGAAGACGAGCCGUUGGCAUUCAAGAGAAGGUAG